GAACACAGACACGUUUUUCUCUUCGUUGUUUUCCCGUAUUUUUUUUUAAGCAGAUUUUGAAUCUCGCCAAAGGACAGCUUACCAACCGACCAUUUACUGUAGCAGAACUCUGAGAACUUUACAAAUAAAAUAAUGGAAACUAAUAAUGUUAUAACUUUCCACCAGUGUAUUGUAUGUGAUGAGAUUUUCCAACAAUAUGAUGAUUUAAAAAAACACAAUAAGAUGCAUGUUAAAGAUGAGAAAACUGAUGAUGUAGAUGAAUAUUGUCAUGUUCAUUUUGAAGAAGAGAAAACUGAUGAUGUAGAUGGAUAUUGUCAUGUUAAAGAAGCUCCAACUGAUAAUAUAGAUGAAUAUUGUCAUAUUAAAGAAGAGAAAACUGAUGAUGUAGAUGAAUAUUGUCAUGUUAAAGAAGAGAAAACUGAACAUAUUGAAACUGUUUAUCAGUGUAAUUUGUGUGAUGAGGAAUUUAAUUUAGAAACUGAUUUAGAGAAACACUGUGAAGAACAUGUUAGUCAGAAAGAGCAAACAGGAGAAAGACGUCAUAAAUGUGAUGUUUGUAGUAAAUCAUUCAGUCAAAAUGGUAAGCUAAAGAUACACAUGAGAAUUCAUACAGGAGAAAGACCUUAUAAAUGUGAUGUUUGUAAUAAAUCAUUUAGUCAGAAAGUACAUCUACAGACCCAUGUCAGAAAUCAUACUGGUGAAAAACCUUAUAAAUGUGAUGUUUGUAGUAAAUCAUUUACGGAUCGAAGUACCGUACAUAAGCAUAGGAGAAUUCAUACAGGAGAAAGACCUUAUAAAUGUGAUGUUUGUAGUAAAUCAUUUACUGAUAGUACUGGUCUGCAGCGACACAUGAGAAUACAUACAGGUGAAAAACCUUAUAAAUGUGAUGUUUGUAGUAAAUCAUUUAGUCUGAAUUGUAAUCUACAGCACCAUGUGAGAAUUCAUAAAGAAAGACCUUUUAAAUGUGAUAUUUGUGGUAAAUCAUUUACUGAUCAAAAUACGCUACAAAAGCACAUGAAACUUCAUACAAGAGAAACACCUUAUAAAUGUGAUGUUUGUGGUGAAUCAUUUAGUCGGAAUGUUGGUCUACAGAACCACAUGAGAAUUCAUACUGAAGAAGAAAUGAAUAAAUGUGAUGUUUGUGGUGAAUCAUUUAGUCGGAAUGUUGGUCUACAGAACCACAUGAGAAUUCAUACAAGAGAAAUAAACUUAUAAAUGUGAUCGUUUGUAGUUAAACAUUUACUACCGGUACUAGUCUGUGAAAACAUACGAGAACUCGAAAUGUUGGUCUACAGAACCACAUGAGAAUUCAUACUCAUGAAAAACCUUAUAAUUGUGAUAGUUGUAGUGAACCAAUCACCUUUAGUAGUGAUCUACAGGCCAAAAUAUGAACACGUACUGGAGACAAAACCUUA